AUGGAAUCUUUGAAAAAUACCUUAUACACUACACCACGGGGUUUACUCAGAGGUUGUCGGACAUCGAUUUCACAGGCAUGGACUGCAUCGGGUGUUAUGAAUUUAUGGAAAGGUAUACCGGACAAAGGUUUGACCUUAAUAUCGAAUAAGUUGGAUUAUGCUUAUUUCAUGGCAAUAGCCUAUGAAUGUGGUGUUAUACUUCCUAUGUAUAUAGACCAUUUUGGUAAUAGUAACAUGCAAGAAUGGUUAGAUGAACACAAAGAAGAGGUUGUUGAUAACAUAGUGGAAGAAGUUCUUGAUGGUGCCAUACUAGUUAAAGAAAUUGCCUCAGGCCAUUUGGAUGAUGAGGAUGAAAAUGAGUUUGAGGAUGAGGAUGACCACGAGGAUGAUGAUGUGGACGUUGAUGUAGAUGAGGAUAACCAUAGCAGUCCUCAUGUAUUCGAAAAAUCUAAUGGGUCUGAUGUCGAAAUGGGUGAGAAUGCGGCUUUGAGUGGCCCUUUGGAAGAAGGCAUGCAUUAUGAUGAAGAUGUUUAUCCUCAGUUGCCAAACAUUUUCAAUGAACAGCUUCACUGGACGGAGCAAGAACCUGUGUUGGGUAUGAGGUUUGAGAGUCCUAAACAAUUGAAAUUCAUGCUGUGUAACUACGCUGUUGCAAAUGCUUAUCAAUUAUGUUUUGUGAAAAAUGAUAGUAGAUGGUUGCUAGCAAAAUGUUGUGAUGGAAAUGGUGAGUUGUUGUGUGUUGUUGGUAGGGAUGCUAACAAUGGAAUAUUCCCAAUUGCUUGGGCAGUUGUAUGUGUGGAAAACAAAGAGAAUUGGGAAUGGUUCAAUGAAAAUCUUGCACAAGAUCUGCAAUGUUAG